AUGUUACUCAGGAUCAAGGGGUUAAUGCAGGAAAGUAAUGAAGCGUCUCUAUGAUAUUUAUAAUACCUCCUAUCACUAACGCUGUGCAAAAUCACUUGCCAAAGGCGAUGGCCACAGCAGCAAUAAGUGACCAAGGAACUGAAGCACUAACCAACAUUUCGACUUUUCAAUUUAACCAUUCACUUCUUUAGUGGCAAAUCCACAGCCACAUCCCCAUUAAGUAGCUCAAACCACCACCUGGUCACCCCUGGCACUUCAGCACACAUCAUUCUCAUCCCAAUCAUUAUCUUGAACAGGCCAAGAAUAUUACCAAUCAGUGACUGGGCAACAGCCAGCAUGGCAUCUCCCAAAUCUUCCAACUCCACCCCCUCGAAAGGCCGCCACCACCCAUCGCCUUCGACGCCCCCUUUCCAAAUCUUGGCGCACCGGAUGUUCGAAUCAACGUGUACGGUCAGGACUUCCAUCUUCAUAGUACCAUCCUCAAGCUGAACUCCAAGUUUCUAUCGGGAAUCUUAGACGAUGCAGACAGAUUGGGUGUGGGACCCGUCGGCAGAUUCAAGUACGAUUACACGUUUACAAUAAGCGACGAUGGAAGUUGUGGUAUUGUUCUCACUGCGCAAGUCGUCGCUGAAACACGAGCUGGUACUACAGACUGAACAGUAGUAUUGGGUUGAAAUAUGCUCGAAUUGAUAUCCCACAGGCUCUUAGAGUGGGCCAACAUGCGAAUUACCAAAAGGACCAACCGCCGCCUCCUUACACCAAGAAUUUGAGUCGAACAAAGACAAAUCCAGUGGUGGAGCUACUGUGAAUACCAAUCACCAAACCUCUGAUAUUUUACAACAGGCGAAAGACAUGGCAAGAGGUUCUACUCAUGUAUUCUCUGCAAUUUACAAUAAAGAUUUCGCCAUCACGUCUGUCGAAGAGAUCUUGGAUGCAAUCAGAGUUGCAAAUUAUCUCCAGAUCAAACCGCCCUUCUCGAAGGCCCUGGAUCGGGUUUUUCGUCGUCGUCCUGAAUGCACUUCCGAUGGUCAAGAGAUUCAAUUCGCGGACCUCAUUCCCAAAGCUCCGUUCAUAAUGCUACUGGUUGCGAAACAUUUACACAAUCGAGUUCUCUUCAACGAUGCGCUGGUUCAUUCGGUUGCAACGUGGCCGAGCAUCAAGAAACAAUUCGAUAAUGCAGAUGCUGAGGAUAUGAAGUUAGUCGGAGAUCUCAUGAAAAUCACCUUGGCAGGCUAUGAGAAGCUUCAGGCAAAGAUCAUCUCGGCAAUGCAAAUUCUUUUCAAAGCCUGUGGUGAGACGGCUGGUGUCUGUAAGCAUCUUCGAGCCUGCGCAGACAGCCUCAAUGAGAAAUCACCUGUGACAAGUAAUGCACAUUACUAUCGCCAAAUUCUCAUUCGACUGGAGAAGAACUUGGAUGAUCAUCAAAAGCAUCAGAACUGCGCUUUCAAAAACGCUAAAAGGGCUGUGGAGGGAUUGCUGAAGAGUAAUUUGAAGAUUGGCGAUAAGGCUUUUCAUAAUCGUACCAGAGCUGGUGUUGGAGCUUACCAACGCAAAUUCCUCUGUGCUGAAAUUGAUGACAAGGAUUUGCCGUUGAAUGUCAACGAACAGAGUUAA